CAGCUCCCGGGAAGCCGAUUGGCUCCGUGCGCCCAGGAGCUGCGGGGAGAGGGGAACCGGCGCUGGAAGCCGGAGCCAGACCCGCUCCAGUGGGAAUCAGGCCCCGGCGGCGACAGGAGGCGCUGAACCCUUGAACCCGCUCCCACGGGGCCGGUCCCAGCGGGGCCGAGGGCGUUACACGGAGCUGCCCGUCACGCCGCGGCGGGCGGGGGCUCGAGUCCAGCCCUACAGCGCUGCGGGGACCUCGCAGGCGGCCGGGCCGGGCCGCACACGGGCUCUGCCCUGCGCCGCCCGGACUCGAGCCGGGGAAGCGGGGCUGGGAGCCCCCAGCGCUCCGGGCAUGUCGGGGGCCGAGGCCGCGCUGCCGCCGCCGGCGGAGAAGGAGGAGGAGAGCGAGGAGGAGAGCGAGGUGCUGGAGGAAAGCCCCUGCGGGCGCUGGCAGAAGCGCCGGGAGCAGGUGAACCAGGGGAACAUGCCUGGGAUCCAGAGCACCUUCCUGGCCAUGGACACGGAGGAGGGCGUAGAGGUGGUGUGGAAUGAGCUGCACUUCACAGACAAGAAGGCCUUCAAGGCCCACGAGGAGAAGAUCAAGACCAUGUUUGAGCAGCUGGUGGUUGUGGAUCACCCCAAUAUUGUGAAGUUACAUAAAUACUGGCUGGAUGUGAAGGACUCCAAGGCACGGGUGAUCUUCAUCACAGAAUACGUGUCCUCGGGGAGCCUGAAACAAUUCCUGAAGAAAACCAAGAAAAACCACAAGGCCAUGAACGCUCGGGCCUGGAAGCGCUGGUGCACACAGAUCCUCUCCGCUCUCAGCUUCCUGCAUUCCUGCGAUCCGCCCAUCAUCCACGGCAACCUGACGAGUGACACUGUCUUCAUCCAGCACAACGGCCUCAUAAAGAUUGGCUCAGUCUGGCACAGGGUAUUUGCAAAUGCCAUCCCUGACGAUCUCCGAAGCCCCAUCAGGAUUGAGAGAGAGGAGCAGCGCAACUUGCAUUUCUUCCCCCCGGAGUAUGGUUAUGUAGCUGACGGGACAGCUGUGGACAUUUUCUCCUUUGGAAUGUGCGCCCUGGAGAUGGCGGUGCUGGAGAUCCAGUCCAAUGGGGACAGCCGAGUCUCAGAGGAGGCGAUUGCUCGGGCAAGGCACUCCUUGGAUGAUCCCAACAUGCGGGACUUCAUUCUGGGGUGCCUGCUCCUCAACCCGGACAAGCGGCCGACAGCCCAUAACCUGCUCUUCCACCAGGUGCUCUUUGAGGUCCACUCCCUCAAACUGCUGGCAGCGCACUGCUUCAUCAACAACCAGUACCUGAUGCCGGAGAACGUGGUGGAGGAGAAGACGAAGGGGCUGGACCUGAACAUGGUGAUGGCGGAGAUCCGGCGAGAGGGGCGGCCCGCAGUGCAGUGGAGAUACUCGGAAGUCUCCUUCCUGGAGCUUGACAAGUUCCUGGAGGAUGUCAGGAAUGGGAUCUAUCCCCUGAUGAACUUCGCUGCCACCAGGCCCCAGCUGCUCCCGCGUGCGCUCUCCCAGCCUCAGGAGGACCCCCAGAAAGCCAAGACCCCCACCCCGGAGCCCUUCGAUGUGGAGACGAGGAAGGUGGUGCAGAUGCAGUGUAGCAUGGAGAUGAAUGAAGAGAAGGCCCAGUGGCAUCUCACGCUCUUGCUAACCCUGGAGGACAAGCUGCACCGACAGUUAAGCUACGACCUGCUGCCAACUGACAGUUCCAAGGGCUUGGCCUCAGAGCUGGUGCACUACGGAUUCAUUCAUGAGGAUGACUGUGAAAUGCUGGCCAACUUCCUAGAAAAUGCUUUUCACAAGCACCGGUCUCCUCCCUUGUGAGUCACCCCGAUAAGUUCUGGGCAGACAGGUGCCCCCAAAGGAGGAUGGGAACUGUCCCAGGCCAGAAGGAACUGUAGGGCUCUUGAUCAGGCUUUCCGCUGCAGAGGUGACCUUGCUAUUUGUUCCUGGCUGUAUCUCUACUGUCCAUCCAGCCUGUGAUUCAGAAUGAAAAUGGCAAGAAGAGAAAAGACCAGCAAACAUGAGGCAUUACCAGGAACCCGCCAAGAAUGUGCUCUCUAGUCUCCACUUCUGAAGGAGGCCAGGGCGAGCGGUGAGGUGGUUUUAGGAGUGGAGGAUCAUGCAGGAAGCUUUUGGUUGGCAGGGUUUUUGAAGAUGCAAGAGCCCACAAUUGGUAAAUUUACCUCUGGGAGCAAGAAGCACCUUCCCUGUGGGCACUGGGGGCCAUCACUUUGCUUCCUCAGCUGGAAGUGGUUACAGCAGGGGGUGAAAGAGUGGGGGGAAGUGCAGGUUUGGGAGGAUCUUGAGCAGUUUCCUGUCUGCCAUAUUCCACCCCUUUUCCAGGCCUGAUUCCUCCUGCUCUGCUGGAUUCCCCCAGGGCAAAGGAUCCAUUGCAAUGCCUUAUAAUAAGAACUGGACUCCCUCUGCUAGGCUGAGGAGAGGACAUUGUGAGCUUGACUGAAAGGACAUGGGAAGAAAUUUCAGGAAUCCAGAACCAUCAGGUGGUUCAUAAAAUAUGGACCAACAGAACCACCACUGGUGCUGAGCACAGCCUCUGUCAUUUCAGUUAGUGAAUUUUUGGAAGGCCAAGAGACAAAGUCCUAGGGAAAAGCCUUGAUGUCUCUUCCCUGUUUCUCCUGUGAAAUGUGGAAUUUCCAUCAUUAGACGGGAGAAUGGGGGCAAAUAUAGCUGCUGAUUUGUCAAGUUCAAGAUUGGUGUAUUAUGCAAAUAGGAAUUGUGUAUCAACCGCUGUGCCAUGCUGCUCUGCCUGCACCUUGCUGCUCUGGGUGUACUGUUCACACUAUGCCAUAUGAGCCAUACUGCACUGACUGUAUCAUGCUAUGCUGACUUUCUUACACUGUGCCUGAUUCCCUGUCUAGUACUGGCUGUGUAUGCUUUGCCAUGCAGCACAGACUUUAUCAUGGUAUGCUGGGUUUGCCGUGCUAAGCUGCUUUGCCAAGCUGUCCUGGCUGUUUAAUUAUGUGGGUUUUCCAAGUUGUGCUAACUUUGCAGAUACAGACAUUUCAAUAAAUCAGUUGAAAAGAACAAA